CUUGGCUAAUUUCCAGAUUGAGGCUUGGCUAAUUUCCAGAUCGAGGCUUGGCUUUCCGGCUCUCCAGACUGAGGCUUGGCUUCUGCAGAGGAAUAGACCUUGGAGCAGGCUGCUCUGAAGCCGGGAAGGAGGAUGAAUCUUCAUAGGUAUUUCCCUAUCUGUGCGCAGUGAUGAACGGAGGAUUUUGAAAUCAAGAGAGGAAAAUGAAUAGGAAUAUCUUACUGCAAGUGCAGCAGGUGGUUCACUUCCACAAAGCAUGCCGCCAGUUACAUAUGCUGUGUCUGAGAAACCGAGCGUGCCACCUGCAGACGGCCCUUCUACAGUACCGCCAUUUGUCCGCCAAAAAGGAAAAAGAACAGAAGAAACCAGCGCUGCCAGUUAUGAAACUAAAACCGAAGAAAGAAGUGGUGGAGGUGUGGAAUAACAUGACGGUGGCCCGGUUAGCAAAAGCCAUGGAUAGGGAUGUUGAUGACAUCUUUGAGGCUCUCCUGUACACAGCCCUGGAUCUGAACUCAUUAAAACCGUCGUCAGCACUCAAUGAGGAGGCCAUCAAGGAAGUCGUCAAGAAAUGUGGCAGGAGGUUCCUGUUUGUGGUACAAAAUAAAACCGAAAAAGUCAGGGAAAAUCUCGAUGCUGUAAAAAGGCCUCCUGCGGGUCCUUCUGUUCUUGUGCCCAGGCAUCCGGUGGUAACUAUAAUGGGUCAUGUAGAUCAUGGCAAAACCACUCUCCUCGACCAGCUGCGCAAAACCCAGGUAGCAGCUAUGGAGGCUGGCGGCAUCACUCAACACAUUGGAGCAUUUAGUGUUCACUUAUCUUCCGGGAACAGGAUUACUUUUCUUGACACCCCAGGACAUGCAGCGUUCUCAGCAAUAAGAGAGAGAGGGGCGAAUGUGACCGAUAUUGUCAUAUUGGUGGUCGCGGCUGACGAUGGAGUAAUGAAGCAGACGGUGGAGUCUAUUAAGCACGCCAAAAAUGCUAACGUUCCCAUCAUCCUGGCCAUAAACAAGUGUGACAAACCUGCAGCUGAUCCAGAACGAGUCAAAAAGGAGCUCCUGUCCCAUGAUAUAGUGUGUGAGGAGUUUGGAGGGGAUAUCCAAUCAAUUAAUAUAUCUGCACUUAAGGGGGAGAAUCUUCAGGCCCUCUCUGAAGCCAUUGUGACGUUAGCGGAAGUGAUGGAGCUGAAGGCCGACCCCGCAGGCUUGGUGGAAGGGACGGUUAUUGAAUGUCGGACAGACAAAGGAAAGGGGCCAGUGACCACAGCCAUUGUACAGAGGGGAACCCUGAGGAAGGGAGCGCUGCUGGUGGCGGGGACGGCCUGGGGGAAGGUCCGGCUGAUGUUCGAUGAAAACAACACCAUGCUGAGCGAGGUGGGGCCCAGCAUCCCUGUGGAGAUAGUUGGCUGGAAGGAUCUUCCAUCUGCUGGAGAUGAAAUCCUGGAAGUGGAAUCCGAGCAACGGGCCAGAGAAGUUGUUGAUUGGAGGACUUGUAUGGAUGAGGAGGAAAGGGUCCAGAAGGACCUGGAGGUGAUCUCCGCCAAACAACACGAGCACCGGGAGGCUCACAGGAAGACUCUGGAUACUUUCUAUGGCAUGAACUGGAAGCAGAAAAAAAACGCCUUGUACAGGACCAAGAAACACCUGGCACCCCCGAGGACGUCGGAGAGAAUGGAGGAGGACAACCCCUCCGUUCCUCUCAUAGUGAAAGGAGAUGUGGACGGGUCUGUGGAAGCCAUUCUGAAUGUCAUUGACACAUACGACGCUGAAGAGGAGUGUGAGCUGAACUUGGUCCAUUUUGGCAUCGGGGACAUCAGUGAGAGUGACGUUGUCCUGGCAGAAACAUUUAAUGGUAGUGUUUAUGGAUUCAAUGUAAAUGUCAACAAAACUGUGCAGCAACUCGCAGCCAAGAAGAACAUCCCCAUCAAACUCCAUAAGAUCAUCUACCAUCUUGUUGAAGACCUGAAGGAGGAGCUCAACAGUAAACUGACCCCAAUAACAGAAGAGAUUGUCAAAGGAGAAGCGUCUGUCCUGGCUCUGUUUGAUGUCACUGUGGGGAAGAAGGUCACCCAGGUGGCGGGGUGCAGAGUUCAAAAAGGCGCCCUAGAAAAAAAACUGAAAUUUAAACUAAAGCGCAAUAAUAAGGUUCUAUGGACAGGCUGCUUAUCAUCUCUGAAGCACCACAAGAACGAUGUGCAGAGUGUGAAGACCGGGGUAGAUUGUGGUCUUAAUUUGGAUGACGGUGACGUUGAAGUAGAAGUUGGAGAUGAAAUCAUUUGCUUUGAGGAGAGGACGAUACCGAGGAAAACAUCAUGGGAUCCUGGAUUUUAAUCGGUCAUUUUCUUGUAAAUAUCUCGGCGAGUCCGUGGCAGCAGCUCUUGCCAAUCCUGAAGGUCUGGAGUUCGUUGUGCAUAAGAAGAACUUGACCCUUUGUUUGGUCCGAACCAAACAAAACAUGAUACCACGGGGGCGGGCACAGAGCAAGGGGACAGAUCUGAAGCAACCAAUCGGAAGCCAGCUUUCAUUGACCAGACUUGCCCAAAAAUUCAAUGAAACCUGACCAGAUGCUAUAAUUUUAUGUCUGCACCAUCAGAUCUUCAAGGAUUGCAAAAAAAAAA